CAGGUGGCGCCGCGGACCCGCCGCCCCUCCCGGCACCGCGAGGAGGCGAGUUUUGGAAAGACGCCCGGUCGAUGGCAAAGGCUCGUCCUCGGAAACCCAAGCUGGAAAGGAAAGCCCGAAAAGGAGGCAAAGACGAGCAUCCGAAAUCUCACCCAAAAAUAACUACUGCUGCGUAUUACAGCGAAUUAUAACUGGGGAAAUAGCAUUCCAAACUUCUGUCCAUGCACAGGGGCCUGAUUCCCUGGUUGGGAGCUGAUGGAGUGGCUGCUGACCCUGCCGAGCUGAAGUCUGCACGGGGGCCCUGCAGUGACAGCCACGAGUCUGCACCCAGACAUCCCUGCCCAAGUCGCACCUGCGCAGAGCUUAGGAGAUCCACAGAGCCAGCGCUGGGGAGAAAUGUGUCUCCACAAGCAGAGACCGCCUUAAGCUCUAAAAUGUGAUUCCUCACAUGACUCAACUGUGACUCUGGCAUCUGGGUGGGGCUCGCAGCUCCCCCAUUUUCAUGCCCAGGGCUGCACCAUUCACAGACCAGCCCAGGGCCACAGGCAGGACCAGCCUAGCAGCCCAGCCACAGAGGAGCCAGUGAACCUCUACCGGCGCCCGUGCUGAGGGGCUUUCUGUGCAAGUGUCAAGGAUGGAGGAGGGGGAGAGGAGCCCCUUACUGCCCCAGGACACCGCAGGCCAGAAGGUGCCCCUCUCUGUGCGAAGUCCACCCACUUCUGGCUGCCCAGGUCCAGUGCCCUGGGAGAACCAGGCAGAGGGCUGGGACUGCAGCUGCUGUCCCUUGGGGACCAAGCGCCAGGCCUUGAGGGCCACCUCUGGGAAAGGCACAGCCCCUUCCCUCUCUGCAGGGAGCAGCUGCGUCAAGUAUCUGAUUUUCCUGUCCAAUUUCCUCUUCACCCUGCUGGGCCUGCUGGCCCUGGCCAUCGGGCUCUGGGGCCUGGCCGUCAAGGGGUCUCUGGGAAGUGAUCUGGGGAGGCCCCUGCCCGCAGACCCCAUGCUGGGGCUGGCACUGGGGGGGCUGGCAGUCAGUGCAGUGAGCCUGGCUGGCUGCCUGGGCGCCCUCUGUGAGAACACUUGCCUGUUACGUGGCUUCUCCGGGGGCAUCCUUGCCUUCCUGGUGCUCGAAGCCGUCGUGGGGGCACUGGUGGUGGCCCUCUGGGGCCCUCUGCAAGAUAGCCUGGAGCACACCCUGCGAGUAGCCAUCACCCACUACCAGGACGACCCAGACCUGCGCUUCCUUAUCGACGAAGUUCAGCUCGGGCUGAGGUGCUGCGGGGCGGCCUCCUACCAGGACUGGCAGCAGAACCUGUACUUCAACUGCAGCUCCCCCGGGGUGCAGGCCUGCAGCCUUCCGGCCUCCUGCUGCAUCGACCCCCACGAAGACGGAGCCUCUGUCAACGACCAGUGCGGCUUCGGGGUCCUGGGCCUGGAUGCGGAGGCAGCCCAGAGAGUGGUGUACCUGGAGGGCUGCGGCCCGCCGCUCCAGCAGUGGCUGCGAGCGAACCUGGCGGCGGCGGGAGGCUACGCCAUCGCGGUGGUGCUGCUGCAGGGUGCGGAGCUCCUGCUGGCCGCCCGGCUGCUCAGGGCCCUCGCUGCCCGCAGGGGCGCGGCGUCAGGUCCCGGAGCGCUGGGGGAGGAUGGCACUGGCCACCCUGGCCCCGGCCUCCGCGCUGCGCCCGCUGCCAAACCGCCCCGGCUGAGCGCACGCCUGCACAGGGGUCUGGGGCGCCCCCACCCCGCUGAAACGCACUGCACGCACCGCCGCCUGGUUUCGCCUGGGCUUCUGGAGCCUUUGCGGGGGGACCUACCCAGCUUGCCCAUGCCUCACGCUCCUUGUCCCUCAUGCCAGUCCCCAAUGGAGGGCGAAGCCACCGGGCUGGCGGAGGAGCGCACAGGGCGGGAGGAAAUCCUGGAGCCGACCCAAGCCCCGGUUCCCACCCCAGCCACACAGCUCCCACCUCCUGAUGUUGGACCCGAGCCAGUCAAGGAAUACACCACACUCUGAGAUUGAA